AAAUUACAGAAACGCUCACUUGACCGGUAGUGACCAGAAAAACGGUGCGUAUUACUUUGCAUCUUACAUUUCCGUUUCAAUUCCCUCUUCGCCUGUCUGCACCUCGUUGUGCAAGAAGAAGAUCACACCAACUGAAUUACUAGCUCGACCCAUUCUCUUCUUCAAAAUCAGACAAACCACAGCCCUAGAUCGUCAGGGCGUACGAAAAUGGUUCUAGUUACGGCUGCGCGGGAUUACAUCAACCGGAUGUUGCAGGACAUCUCUGGCAUGAAAGUUCUCAUUCUCGAUUCUCAAACGUUACAGGUUAGUGUUGUAAGUGUGGUCUAUUCUCAGUCAGAGCUACUCCAGAAAGAAGUAUUUUUGGUGGAAUUGGUAGAUUCCAUUUCCAAGUCGAAAGAAUCCAUGUCACAUCUAAAAGCUAUUUAUUUUCUCCAGCCCACAUCUGAGAAUAUUCAGUAUCUGCGACGGCAGUUGGCUAAUCCUAGAUUUGGAGAGUAUCACUUAUUUUUUUCCAACAUGUUGAAGGAUACCCAGAUUCAUAUUUUAGCUGAUUCAGAUGAGCAGGAAGUUGUACAACAAGUUCAGGAAUUUUAUGCAGAUUUUGUUGCAAAUGAACCUUAUCAUUUUACUUUGAAUAUACCCUCAAAUCAUCUUUAUAUGCUCCCAGCGGUUGUCGAUCCUUCAAGUUUGCAACUCUUCUCUGACCAAGUUGUUGAUGGUAUUGCCGCUGUGUUCCUGGCAUUAAAACGGAGACCUGUUAUUCGAUACCAAAGGACCUCAGAUAUUGCAAAGAGGAUAGCCCAGGCAACAGCUAAGCUGAUGUACCAGCAGGAAAGUGGUCUUUUUGAUUUCAGACGUACAGAAGUUUCUCCACUAUUGCUCAUAAUUGAUAGAAGGGAUGACCCUGUGACUCCAUUGCUGAAUCAGUGGACCUAUCAGGCAAUGGUUCAUGAACUGAUAGGCAUUCAUGAUAACAAAGUUGACUUGAGAAACAUUGGCAAAGUUCCAAAAGAUCAGCAGGAGGUUGUACUGUCAUCAGAACAAGAUGCUUUCUUCAAAUCUAACAUGUAUGAGAAUUUUGGAGAUAUUGGAAUGAAUAUCAAGCGGAUGGUUGAUGAUUUUCAGCAAGUGGCAAAAAGCAACCAAAACAUCCAGACCAUAGAAGAUAUGGCCAAGUUUGUUGAAAAUUAUCCUGAGUACAAAAAGAUGCAUGGAAAUGUUUCAAAACAUGUGACAAUAGUCACAGAAAUGAGCAAGAUAGUUCAAGAGCGUAAACUCAUGUUGGUUUCAGAAACAGAACAGGAGUUGGCAUGUAACAGUGGGCAAGGGGCCGCUUUUGAGGCAGUGACGAAUUUUCUAAACAAUGAGAGCACAUCUGACAUUGACCGCCUGCGCCUAGUGAUGUUGUAUGCUUUAAGAUAUGAGAAGGAGAGCCCGGUUCAGUUGAUGCAGCUUUUCAACAAACUGGCUUCUCAAUCCGCCAAGUACAAGCCUGGGCUUGUUCAGUUCUUCUUGAAGCAAGCUGGCGUCGAUAGGCGUACUGGGGAUCUGUAUGGAAAUCGUGAUUUUCUGAAUAUUGCUCGAAAUAUGGCUCGUGGCUUGAAGGGGGUUGAGAAUGUCUACACCCAACACCAGCCUCUUCUAUUUCACACUAUGGAGAGCAUAAUCAAGGGACGGUUGCGAGAUGUAGACUACCCAUUUGUUGGAAAUCACUUUCAGCAGGGCAGGCCACAAGAUGUAGUUAUUUUCAUUGUUGGUGGGACAACAUAUGAGGAGUCCCGUUCUGUUGCUCUACAGAAUACCACUAAUUCUGGAAUUCGUUUUAUACUUGGUGGUUCUGCGAUUCUCAAUUCCAAGAGGUUUUUGAAGGACAUGGAAGAAGCUCGGAGGACAGCUAAAUACAGCACCAGUGUUGUUUGAAUUUAGAUCCAAGUCUUGCAUCUUGAGAGCCAUGUUAUUUUGGGAAUUGAACAUGGUGGUUUUGUAGUAGAAAAUUUGGAGAAAAUAAACCCAACCAAGUACAAGAGCCUGUCAUCUUCUCCAGCUCGCACAGUACUAAAAACAAAUCGGAGUUUUUGAGGUAAAAUCCAUAUAUUCUUACUGGAGAAUGAUAUUUAAUGAUCAUAUUUGCCCUCUUCCCCUGUAUAGCAUUGCACAACUUCCUAACAAGUUUUAAAUGUGAGCUCGAUAGACGUAGUCAUCUUUUGCUCUUAAAAAAGAAAGAAUUUGUAAUUUUGCUUACAGAUAUGAACUUGCAUUAUUUUUUUAUCAAUAAUACUAUGUGCACAAACAAUGUGUAUUAUUA